AUGGCGGCCACCCCGGCGCCCAACUCUGCCGGCCAAUUGGUGCAGCACAAUGGCAAGGACUACCAGGUGAUCAAGGAAGGUCGAGCAUACAUAUUGAAACCGCCCACGGAAACCGCAGCAACGCAGGGGAACAAACAAGAUACGAAACACGAAGAAUCUCAAUCCGUAUUCUAUAACCCCAUCCAGCAAUUUAACCGGGACUUGACUGUGCUUGCGAUCCGCGUUUAUGGAGAGCAUGUUAUGGCAAUGCAUAAAAGGAACACUGAACGGCGAAAACGAAAAGCAUCAGGGGCCGCCCGCGGGAGGAAUAAGAAGAGGAAGCGGGAAGAUGAUGAGACGGGAGCUCAAAGGCCCGGCGAGCCAGACAGAAAUCCGGAAAGUGGACCCAAGGAAGCUGGGAUUGAGGAUAAACAAACGACAGAAUCGUCUCAAUUGAAUCCUUCUCCUCCUGCUCAUCAAUUCACCAUUCUAGAUGCACUGUCUGCAUCCGGUCUACGCGCUCUGCGAUAUGCAUCGGAGAUACCAUUCGUUACCCGUGUCGUCGCCAAUGAUCUCUCGAGUCAAGCUAUCCAAUCGAUGAAGCAAAAUAUUGAGUAUAACGGCCUUGGAAACCUCAUUCAAACGAACAACGGCGAUGCUCGUUUGUAUAUGUACAGCCGCCUGAAGCCAGUCAACCCGCAGAGAACAGAUGAAGUUGGUAAAUUCGAUGUCAUCGAUUUGGAUCCCUACGGCACCGCCGCCCCGUUUCUAGAUGCGGCUGUACAGGGUAUAAAAGAUGAAGGACUGCUUUGCGUUACAUGCACCGACGCAGGUGUAUGGGCGUCCAACGGAUACCCUGAGAAAGCCUUCUCCUUGUACGGGGGUGUGCCAAUCAAAGGCAGUCACUCGCAUGAGGGUGGACUACGCCUAAUCUUGAACGCUGUUGCAAUGGCUGCUGCAAAAUAUGGCCUUGCGACUGAGCCUUUGCUCUCGCUUUCCAUUGACUACUAUGCCCGAUUGUUCGUCCGUAUUCAUCGGUCGCCUGCUGAGGUCAAGUUCACGUCCGGAAACACAAUGCUGGUCUACAACUGUGACUCCGGCUGCGGAGCGUGGACUACGCAACCAUUGACAUCGACUAAGCAAAAGCUCGAUAAGAAGGGAAACCCCAUGUUUCAUUUUGGGUUUGCACAAGCGCCAAGCGCAGACAUCAAAUGCGAGCAUUGCAACACAAAAACUCAUCUCUCUGGUCCAAUGUGGGCCGGACCCCUUCAUCACCCUCACUUCGUUCAAAAGAUACUCGAUCUUCUCCCCCAGGUCGACAAGGAAGUAUACCAGACAAAGGACAGAAUCGAAGGCAUGUUGACGACUGCCCUCGAAGAAGAUUUAAGCUUAGAACUAUCCCCCGAAGAGAGCCGAAAUCAGCCAGCAACUCCUGCUGCCAACAAUGAAGAGGCUGCUGGCCAGUUUGAUGAACUCUCGCCUAUAAUUCCCAGAACCAAUCCGGCCCUUCGUGAACCAUACCCUCUAUAUUUCACGCUUUCCAGCCUCUCAAAAGUUCUGCGCACAACCACGGUCCCCGAGGAAGCAUUUCGUGGUGCAGUCCGUGGCUUAGGGUACAAGUGUACGCGCAGCCACGCUAAAGCAAACACCGUCCGCACAAACGCCCCAUGGGCCGUCAUCUGGGAGAUCAUGCGUGAAUGGGUGAGACAGAAGGCGCCGCCUAUCAAAGAGGGAACCUUGAAGCCUGGCUCUGCCGGCGCCACAAUUAUGGCCAAGUCCCGACCGACAAAUGCGGACGAUUCGAAGUUAUACUCUUUGAAGAGCGAGCUUAUUUCCGCGGCCGAAUCCGGCAAGGACCUAUCGGACUUGAUCACCAAGGUGGAAGCGGCUUUGUACCGUUCGGGUGCCCGCGAAACCUUGGCUGCGUCAUGCACAAACGCCACAGAAUCGCAAUCGCAGUCGCAGCCCAAUGGUUCAGAUGCUCCCUCUCAAACACAAGUACUUGAAAGACAAACAGCUGACAGCGCCCAUCCUCCUGGGAACUCGAUUCCCGCCUCCGAGCUCAAGGUGGUCUUUGAUGAAUCGCUCGGGCGGGAAGCACAGCCAAUGAAGCGGCUUGUUAGAUAUCAGCUCAAUCCGAGAGCCAAUUGGGGUCCGCUGAGUCGAGCGUCCUCAUAG